AUGAUGGGUUUUUCUAUUAUCAACCAAAUGACCGAGUUUGAUAUCACCGAAACAUAUCUUAAGUUUUUAAGAGAAGAUAAGGAAAUGACCAUGCCCAUAGCGGCAAUUGAGUCACUUGUUUCCAUGUUGCGCAUCAAAUCGCCAUCUACAUCAGCAGAGUUGAUCCUGUUGGUGGGGAAGAACAUUGAGUUGUUGAAAGCAUCUAUACCGAACAAUAUUUCUUUAUCUGCUGGAUGUGAUUUGUUUAUGAGAUUUAUCUUGAGAAAUACCAAUGUUUAUUCUGACUGGGAGUCAUUUAGUCAGAAUUUAGUGGAAAAUGGAGAAUUGUUUGUCCAACGUGCCAAGGAGUCUAGAGAAAAACUGGCCGAAUAUGGUGUUCCAUUUAUCAAAGAUGACGAUACGAUUUUAGUGCAUUCCUAUUCCAGAGUUGUCUACAGUUUGUUGUUGAAAGCCAAGAAAGAAAAAUUGAUUAGAUUCAAAGUGUUGGUUACCGAAAGUAGACCAACUGGUAAUGGGUACUACAUGGCCAAGAAGUUGAAAGAAGCAGAUAUUCCUGUGGAAGUGAUUGUUGACAAUGCAGUGGGGUAUGUCUUGCAUAAAGUGGACAAGAUCUUGGUUGGUGCUGAAGGUGUUGCUGAAAGUGGGGGUGUUAUAAAUCAUAUUGGUACUUAUCAAAUUGGGUGUUUGGCCAAGGUUAACAACAAACCAUUUUACGUUGCCACAGAAUCACACAAGUUUGUUAGAUUGUUCCCAUUGGCACCAAAUGAUCUACCUAUUCCAGCGGUUGAUUUCAACGCCGAGGAGUCCAACCACGCAGGUGACGAAUUUUUGGCUACAAGGUUUGUUGAUUUCACUUCACAUGAAUAUAUUACUGCAUUGAUUACUGAUUUGGGAGUGUUGACUCCAUCGGCGGUCAGUGAAGAGUUGAUUAAAAUUUGGUAUGAUUAA